AUGGAGGGCGGUGACGGUCCACCGAAGGGCAAGUGCCCUACGUGCCCUAAGCUCGUGGCGAAGUCGAACAUGGCCAAGCACCGCAAAGUGUGCUUCCAUCGCGCCGAUUUGAAACGACAGCAGCAACAGAAGGAUGUUCUUCAGCGUGAGAUCGCCGAACUACUGGAGGUUCUGGAGCGUGAGAAGGCCCGAUGUCGAAAGUCCGCGACCGCGUUGUCGCCCACGAGCUCCGCCUUGAAGAAGAUCGUCAUUCGACACAUAAGACGCCGCCGAGCUUCGGAAGCCCAAAGAGAAUGGCUACAAGCUGCCAUCGCGGGGAAGAUGCUGCUCAUCGACGACUUGAUCAGCCUCGUCCACCAACAGUGUCGAACCCUGGGCCUACUCGCAGCUCAGUCUCGAGGUCUGUACGAUUCUACUGCUCUACAACCAACGGACGAACUGCUCUACGCCAUGUACAUCCACGAGCUUGACGGUAUCUACGCGCAGACUGACGCAGUGUUCGAGUCUUGUGGGAUGGAGUCCAUCAUGGACCCGAAGGAAGAGACGACUUCAUUCCAACACACUACGCUGACAGCGAGUGGAGACACUGCGUCGAUGCGGUGUGGCUGGAAACAGCUCUUCCCCUUUCGUCUCCGACGCACCUGCGACGCCAUGUGGCUGCUGGCGCAUCUACUGAACCGGCAGGAUGGGAGGGACGCUCCUGACGACAUCAAAGACCCAGAACGCACCAUCGCCGCCAAGUUUCGCGUCACCAAUCAGUUAGCUGGGGGCAAGGGCAGGGCGUUAGUGCAUCGAUUCGCUCAAGGGCGCUAUGUGGACGGAGAUCGAGAGGUUUCCGUCUGGAAAUCGUCCUCUGUGGGGGACGGAGUGUGCCGAGGCAUGCAGAUGGAGGAGACGGGGUGGUGCGUCUUCCGACCUUCAGCCACUGGAGAGGGGACGUUCGGACAGGUUUGUGUUCGACAGGUCCCGCUGCGUCUUCACAGUGCGCGAGGACCUUCUCCAUCGUCUGCAAUGCGGUUUAACGACUUUGUUCAGAACGUGGUGCGGGAAAAUAGUGAGGAGGCCACGAAAAUGGCGAAGGCAUUGCUGCUUGAAAACGAACUCAAGGGCGUCAGUGUGUAG